CGCGCCUUCCCGCGUUUUUCUGGAUUCUUCCACUGCCGGAAGAGAAGCAGCCGGCGCCUGUCCUGGUGGCGGGGUGAAGAACACAGAACCCCAAGGGAGCCGAGGCAGUGAUCUUUCCUCAUCUCUGCUCAGCCAGACGUCUCUAUUCCAGGCUCAGACACUGGACCAUCAUGCCUACGCUGCGGUCCUCUUCCUCCCCGAGCAGUGUGUCCUCCCCACUGCGGAGAGCGUCGGGAGGUGGACAGAGGGGCUUGUCCGCAUCUUCUAGUUCGUCUAUCAAUGUGCCCUGUGGUGACAGAGACUCAGACCAGACUGCAGAGGGGGAUAGUGAUUCUUUGUCAGCUGAUGAAGGCAGUGACUUUGAAGGCAGCCAGAGACACAGUGUGAAGAAGAGAGCAGCAAAACGACCACUCAGAACAACGCCAGUGGCCAAACAUCCAAAGAACGGGUCCCGAAUGGUACGUGGUCAUGGCCAGAAAGACUCAGAGCCACCAGCCAGUGAUCUUUUUGAUGCUGUGAAAGCUGCCAAAAGUGACAUGCAGUCUUUGGUGGAUGAGUGGCUGGAGAGCUACAAGCAAGACCAAGAUGCAGGAUUCUUGGAGCUCAUUAACUUUUUCAUCCGAUCUUGUGGAUGUAAAGGCAGUGUGACCUCCGAGAUGUUCAAGAAGAUGUCCAACUCAGAGAUCAUCCGGCACCUAACAGAACAGUUUAAUGAGGAUUCAGGAGAGUAUCCCCUGACAGCACCGGGUCCAUCCUGGAAGAAGUUCCAGGGCAGUUUCUGUGAAUUUGUGAAAACAUUGGUCUAUCAGUGCCAGUAUAGCCUCCUCUAUGACGGCUUCCCAAUGGACAACCUCAUCUCUCUGCUCACUGGCCUCUCGGACUCCCAAGUCCGUGCCUUCCGUCACACUAGCACCCUAGCUGCCAUGAAGCUAAUGACCUCCCUGGUAAGAGUUGCCCUCCAACUGAGUUUGCACAAAGACAAUAAUCAGCGGCAGUAUGAGGCUGAAAGAAAUAAGGUGCCAGGACAGAGAGCACCUGAGCGACUGGAGAGCCUGUUGGAAAAACGCAAAGAGCUCCAAGAACAUCAAGAGGAGAUUGAGGGGAUGAUGAAUGCCCUCUUCAGGGGGGUCUUUGUGCAUCGGUACAGGGAUGUCCUUCCUGAGAUCCGUGCUAUCUGCAUUGAAGAGAUUGGGUCUUGGAUGCAAAGCUACAGCACAUCUUUCCUUACUGACAGCUAUUUGAAAUAUAUCGGCUGGACCUUGCAUGAUAAGCAUCGAGAAGUCCGUCUGAAGUGCCUCAAGGCUCUAAAAGGGCUGUACGGCAGCCGGGAUUUGACUGCCCGCCUGGAGCUCUUUACUAGCCGCUUCAAGGACCGGAUGGUUUCCAUGGUGAUGGACCGAGAGUAUGAUGUGGCGGUGGAAGCCGUCAAGUUACUAACACUCAUCCUUAAGAACAUGGAGGGGGUGCUGACAGAUGCAGACUGUGAGGGCAUCUACCCUGUUGUAUAUGCCUCUAACCGAGCCCUGGCCUCGGCUGCAGGGGAGUUUCUCUACUGGAAGCUCUUCUACCCUGAGUGUGAGACUAAAAUGGUGGGUGGUAGAGAGCGACGCAGAAGUCCACGUGCCCAGAGGACUUUCUUCCACCUUCUGCUGUCCUUCUUCGUGGAAAGUGAGCUCCAUGACCAUGCUGCUUAUUUAGUAGACAGCCUGUGGGACUGUGCAGGGUCUCAGCUGAAGGACUGGGAGAGUCUGACAAGCCUGCUACUGGAGAAGGACCAGAACUUGGACGAUACGCAGGAGAGCACGCUGAUUGAGAUCCUGGUGUCCAGUGCUCGGCAAGCUUCUGAGGGUCACCCACCUGUGGGGCGAAUCACUGGGAGGAAGGGCUUAACCCCGAAAGAACGUAAGAUCCAAGCUGAUGACAAGGUGAAGCUGACAGAGCACCUCAUCCCCCUGCUACCCCAGCUUCUGGCCAAGUUCUCAGCUGAUGCAGAGAAGGUUGCUCCCCUGCUCCAGCUUCUCACCUACUUUGACCUCAACAUCUACUGUACCAGGCGCUUGGAGAAGCACCUGGAGCUGUUCUUGCAGCAGCUCCAGGAGGUGGUGGUGAAGCACGCAGAGCCUGCGGUGCUUGAGGCUGGUGCUCAUGCCCUCUAUCUGCUCUGUAAUCCUGAGUUCACGUUCUUCGGCCGGGUAGACUUUGCCCGCAGCCAGCUGGUGGAUCUGCUAAGUGACCGCUUCCAGCAGGAACUUGAAGAGCUGCUGCAGUCAUCCUUCUUAGAUGAGGAUGAGGUGUACAGUCUGGCAGCCACUCUGAAGCGCCUGUCUGCCUUCUACAAUGCGCAUGACCUGACUCGCUGGGAGCUCUAUGAGCCAUGCUACCGACUCCUCCGGAAGGCUGUGGACACAGGAGAGGUUCCUCACCAGGUGAUGCUGCCAGCCUUGACUCUUGUCUAUUUUUCCAUUCUUUGGACACUAACCCACCUUUCUGGAUCAGGUGCUUCCCAGCCACUAUCUCCACAGAAGCAGCUGUUGAGUUUGAAGGACAGGAUGAUGGCAUUCUGCGAACUCUGCCAGAGCUGCCUCUCAGAUGUCGCUUCUGAGAUCCAGGAGCAGGCUUUUGUCUUAUUAAGUGAUCUGCUUCUCAUCUUCAGCCCUCAGAUGAUUGUAGGGGGUCGUGAUUUUCUUAGACCCCUUAUCUUUUUUCCUGAAGCCACGCUGCAAUCUGAACUAGCCAGCUUCCUCAUGGACCAUGUUUUCAUCCAGCCUGGAGAACUGGGCAGUGGUCAUUCCCAGGAGGAUCCUUUACAGAUAGAGCAGCUGCACCAGCGGCGCCGCCUCCUGGCUGGGUUCUGCAAGCUGCUGCUUUACGGGGUGCUGGAGAUGGAUGCAGCCUCAGAUGUUUUCAAACACUACAACAAGUUCUACAGUGACUAUGGUGACAUUAUCAAGGAAACGUUAACUAGAGCAAGGCAGAUUGACCGAAGUCAUUGUUCCCGAAUCCUGUUGCUGAGCCUCAAGCAGUUGUACACAGAACUGCUGCAGGAACAGGGGCCCCAGGGCCUGAAUGAGCUUCCAGCCUUCAGUGAGAUGAGGGACCUGGCCCGAAGGUUUGCCUUGAGCUUUGGGCCCCAGCAGCUACAGAACCGUGACCUUGUGGUCAUGCUACACAAGGAAGGCAUCAAAUUCUCCUUGUCUGAGUCUCCUCCAGCUGGCUCCUCCGGUCAGCCCCCAAACCUAGCAUUCCUGGAGCUCCUUGCCGAGUUUUCCCCCCGACUCUUCCAUCAGGACAAGCAGCUGCUACUGUCCUACCUGGAAAAGUGUCUGCAGCAUGUCUCCCAGGCACCUGAGUGUUCUUGGGGUCCAGUCACCACCUACUGCCACUCCCUCAGCCCUGUAGAGAACACAGCGGAGGCCAACCCUCAGGGCUAUCCCCGCUCUAAGAAGAGGCGCACUGAAGGCCCUUCCAGGCGGCAGAGAGAGGAAGUCUCUUUAUCCCAGGAGGAAAGCCUCCAGCUGAACAGCAUUCCACCCACACCCACCCUCACCUCUACAGCCGUCAAGAAGAGGCAGCCCCUGGGGGUGUUGGAAGAGAUGGAAGAAGGCAGCCCAGAACCAGAGCUUAUCCAAAGCCAGCCCCUUUCAGGCAACCAGAGGUCAAGAUUGUUGAGUCCACAGCAUUUCCGGACACUACUCAACCAUUCCGGUCCUGGUCUGGGCAACCGGCUGACCCGACUCAGCCUUAUGGAAGAGGAUGAAGAAGAGAUCCAGAGUGAGUUAAGUGAAGAAUGGCAAGAUACAGACAAGCACUCUUCCCUCAGUGAGCAUGGGCUGGACCUCUUAGAUUCUACAGAGCUGAACCUUGAGCAUCUCUGACGUGACUCCGUGCCUCUCCCCGUCUCCACUCCCCACCUCAACUUGGAAAAGGCAAACAGGAAGAACAGAACAGAAAGAACCAUUACUUCCAGACCCCAGGCCCCACCCUGGUCUCUGAGGGGAAGGAGAGGUGGGCUGUGCCUUUCUAACCUGACUCUUCUCUGAUGAUGAUGGGGUGGAGGAGCCUUAAGCCCCCUGUCCUUCCUACUGCUCCCUGGUUCAGUCCCUCUGUGUUGAGAAGAGUGCCUUUUUCCUGCCACGUUUGGAGAGGGUGGGGGCUUCACCUCAGUAUUGGAGAGGGGCACUGCCUCCCUGUGUUGAGUGGAAAGAGCCCAAUAGUUUCCUGUAUUUUUGGAACGUCUUUCCCAGUCUCUUUAGUAUCCUCUUGAUUAGCUCAAUAAACAUGUUUGAAUCAGCUGGU